UACUUCUCGCACGUGGAGCAUUCGUUGUCUACCGCCAUUUUUAUUUACAGUGUGAAAGGAGCUUUGUCUUCGCGAAGAUUAGCUCUUAAAUUUUUUGCUUCCUGUUUCUCAUAAGCAGGUUAGAAUAAUGGCGUACAAAGGAGGGAAAGUGCAGAAGGUUAUGGUGCAGCCAAUUAAUUUAAUUUUUAGGUACCUGCAAAACAGAUCACGCAUCCAGGUCUGGCUUUAUGAUCAGGUCAACUUGAGGAUAGAAGGCUGCAUUGUGGGAUUUGAUGAAUACAUGAAUCUAGUUCUGGAUGAAGGGGAAGAGGUUCACAUGAAGACAAAAAACAGAAAACCUUUAGGACGAAUAUUGUUAAAAGGAGACAACAUCACAUUGAUACAGUCCGUGCAGACAGUAGAAUGACCAAUGGCAUAGUGAACUGGGGAAAAAAAACUGACAUAAACUGCUGGCUGAUAGCUAGGUAUGAAAAGGAAGGUCCUUUCACAAGAAUGUGCAGGAGCAGUGAGACAGCACCUGUUUAAAAUAAACAUUCUCUCCUGCUAUUGCCCGAUAUGUCAGCAGUUGUUUUGCAGGGAAAUUCAUAUGGACGUAUGCUUAACUGUUAGGAUAAUUCGGAAUAUAUUCUCAUCAAGUGACAAUAUCAAGCAAAGUGUCUGAAACACAUCAUAAAAUUCAUCAAUGUUCAGAAGUCUGUUCUUUGCAAAUAUGGUAAAUGAUUAGCCAGGUAUAAAAACUGUAAAUAAUUUCUUUUUUAUACUGAGUGGCCUGUUUAGAUUAGGAGUGUAUUAUUUUAAUAAAAUAGAGAAGUUAACAA